UUUAAUUACCACAUAUAUAGUUGUUAACCAUGCAUGCUUUUUUGUGAAUUCUUCAUUUUAAAUCAAAUCGAAAAAGGGAAGCUUUCAUCUUGCGUUGAUUCGGCAUGAGAAGAUGGAGACCGUCAUAGCGUGUCACUAUCAGCCAAGAGCAGAUAAUUUACUUAAAUAUCUUAACCACCCGGAAAAACCCGAAAAACUGUUUUUCUGCAUAUUGUGAAGACAUUCUUGGCUUGAGCCAGCAUAGAUCAACUUGCUGUUUAAAAAAUAGUAAUAUGAAUCCAGAUUAGAUGGCUAAUAAGGAAGCAAGCCCAGCCAUCCAGUAUCAUAUACACUCAACACAAAAUCUGACUGUUGCUGAAGAAAUAACAGUUGUAGAAUCUGCUGAGAUUGAUGGCGCAGAGUCUGAUGCUGAUGAUGGCACCACUGUUUCAGUUGGCGUCAUUCACAAUGGAUGUACAUCCCGCUGUACCCAGACGAUUGGUCAUAUCAUUCGUGACAGCAGUGGAGACACGUAUAUCACACAGAACUUGAAUCAGCUCAGAGUCAUUGUUAAUCAUGAGGCAAUGGAUAUGCUUAUAAAAAACGACUUCAGAGUGGAUAAAGUUCAGGACACUGUGCAUAAAUGUCUUAUGAGAUUAAACUGGAAUGGAGAGGAAAUUCUUCGCAAAGCUUUGACAGCAUUCAAACUGACACUAAAAGAAGACAUGAUGCCAAAUCUUCUAAAGGAAGUCAAAGACAUUAUUUUAGGUGGUGCAAAUCUAAGUAAAAUGCUCAGUUUGACUGAGGCAUUGUUUAAGGACUUUUCCAUGAAGUGGCUGGGCAUUGACCUUGGUUCCCUUGUAUUCAUUUUUGAGCAUAAAAGUGAGGAAGACUGCAAAAAGACCUUAGAAGGACAAAUGUGUCGGGUACGUCGAGAAAGGAUCAUUGACGUUCUGUUUAAGUUUUUACCAUCAUGGGUGCCCAGAGAUUACAGAUUGUGGGAUGUGUCUAAAUACACGCUGACUGAUAAAGAUUUCUUGGCAUGGCAAUCAUAUCCGGUCUCAUUUUAUCAAGGAGUAUACUCAGAAGAAAGAUCCUUGCUGAGAAUAGAGCAAAAGCUAGAAGAAAUGCUUGAGAAGAUCAAGGCCUCACUUGAGCAGUCUGUAGUCACACAGAUCAAGGAAUUUGCAAAGAAAGAAAUGUCUGAAUAUUUAUUGCAUUUCAAACAGGAGACACAAUAUGAACAAAGACUAGUACAUAUCGACAGCGGAAAACCAGAAAGUAUAGAAAGUGAACCUAAAAGAUCUCAUGUAAACACUUCUCAUUUUGAAGAACACCAACAAGCAAUGGAUGGAAUUUCAAGCAAACCCAGACAGCACCAAGACAAUUUGAACAAAAAGCACCCCGUUUUUCAUGCAUAUUCAGCUACAAGCAUGUCAAGACCUGAUCUGAAUUCACCACUUUACUCACAUUUUACCAAAGAAGAUACAGAUAAAAAGUGGCUUUCUGAUUAUAAUCUCCAAGAUCAGACCUUGAAGUCACUCCACCUUCAGCAGGUUGAAAAACAAUCUGAAGAUAUGUCUGUUGAAUAUAAAAGUACAAACACUGAACCUGCAAGGGAAACGUCACCUGAGAAGCCACCACCACCCCCAGAUGAUUCAAGUGAAGAAGAAAAGGAAGAGGCACCAUCGCCUAAAAAAUCAAAAGAACAGCUAGUGAUUCAGGCAGAACAGCUGCUGAACUGGGUAAAUGUGAAGAGCAGAGCAUCCCAAUCCAAAGAUCCAGAAAUUGUGCGCAUGAUGGAUCAAGUUAUCCAUGCUCUAGCUGACGAAGAUCAUCCAGCGCCUAAGGCUCGGGCCCUGGAUACAAUCCUUGUGCUGGACACAUCAGACAGUGUUGCUGAUCAACAUCUGGAUGCUCUAAAAGCCAUUGCACACACCUUUGUUGAUGGGAUAGAAGAAAUGGUCGACUCUAUGAAUCUGGAGGAAAAUCUGGCAGUGGUGCAGAUUGGGAAGGGUCGAGCUUGGGUCAGACAGCAUUUGACUAAUGACUACUCACGUGUGAGAGAGACUAUAGAUGAAAUUUCACCUCAUUCUGCUAUGGAAACAGGAGGAAAGACUCCCCUUUUCCAAGCUCUUAUGGUCUGUCUAGGAGCCAUUGAAGGCAGAGGUGGACUUGUGAAUAUUGCUGGCUGUCACCGUGUCAGGCCUCGCAUCAUCAUGGUUACAGAUGGGCGACCCACAGAUGAAGCCACGGAACAUGGCAAAGACCUACAGACUAACAUCAACGAGGUCAAGUUUGCUCUUGUUCAGCUUGUGACAGAGUUUGUUUCCAAGAAACAUAAGACCACACCUUCUCCUAUCUUCUGGGUGCCAGUUGGUUCUAAUCCAGACAGGCCAUUUUUAGAGUCCCUAGCAGGACUAAGCAAUGGAAAAGUGGUGGACCCUGAAAACAUUCACGAGCUUUGCAGAUAUUAUAAAACGCAGGAAACUAUUGGCUGUGUGUACAAGAUGGUGCGGAAGCAUCCAGACAUGUAUCAAACUAAAGAACAGGUUUUGACAGUUGUUACUGCAUUGGCAGGCAACCUUGAGAUAUCCGAAAAGGAUUAUAUUGUGGAGGAAGUCUGCAGAAAGCAGAGCGAACCCGAUAAUGAGCAGGUUGAUGCUGAUGACUUUAAUGGUGUGUUUGAGGACACAGAACGUGUUAAAAGUGGAGUGCUUUUGCCACUGGGCACACGAGUUGUGCGUGGUCAAGAUUGGAAGUGGGGCAACCAAGAUAAGGAUCAGCCAGGCACUGUCAUUCAGCACCGUCAAAAAGACAACUGGAUCUAUGUACUGUGGGACCAUGGGACUCACAAUGCCUAUCGCUAUGGUGAUGGAGGUCAGUUUGAUGUUAUGCAAGCCAGUCAUCGUCCUCGGAUCCUUGCUGAUUCUGAACUGAUUGAAGUUGGAGUUCAAGUUGAAAAAGGCAAAGGAUGGAAAUCAGGAGAGGAUGUUGGCGAUGGAAAAGGUGUCGUCAUUCGUAAGCGCAAAGAUGGCAAAAUCAAAGUACGUUGGAGUAAUGGAUACAUUGGCAAAUACAGAUUUACAUCAGAUAAAAAUUCUGUGCUUCAAGUCAGUGAAAUCUGCUAUGCUAUGACAAAGUCUGAAGAUUCUUCACAUGUCUUAUCUGAGGAGGACCAAGGAGCAGUUGGAGGACAUGACCCAUCUGAAGGAUUGGGUCCUCGUGUAUGGUUUUGGAGAGAAUCAAAAAUAGAUGAGUGGCAUAUGUAUGAUCCAGAAUUACAGGAAAAGAUACAAAGUGAAUAUAAACGCCGCCCGGAAGGUUCUUGUGUAGUCCGAAGAAAUGGACUGAAUCGGAGAGUGCUGUUUAAGACAAACCAGGAGAAGACUGUGGAUAAAGGACUGGUUUACGAAGUAAAAUCAGAAGUUGUAAGUGAAGGAAAUUAUCAAGAAGUGCUGCAAAAAGAGAUAUGAGGAGAGCUCCAACUGGUAUCAACAUACUACCUUGUCAUCUGUGUGUGAUCUAGCUUGUCAUGGAAACCAAGACAGGCAAAUGUUAGUAGCAAGAGUGAUAACAUAGCACACAGAAACUACCCCAUAUAAAUAUAAAAUAAAAGAAUAAUUUCUGCUCAACUGUAAAUUCAGUGAUGCAUUCAGACAUUUGUGUGCCUGUGCAUGCCAGUGGAUGCAUGUAAAUGAAUGAAGAGGUGAGGAUGUUUAUAUGACACUAGCAUGUGUAGAUUCCCUUGGGAUUUAUAAACUUGAUUGAGAAAGCUCAGUCCAACUUCACAAGGUGCAAAUUAUAGUUAUAAUAAUAAUUGUGUUUGUAAAGUGCAUUUCCCCAUGUGUAUGGAAAUUCACUGUGCUGCACAUGAAAGACUACAAAUGAACUGACAGUAACCAUACAAAAAACAUGUGACAGCAAAUGGAUGGUACCGUGGCAACCAUGAACAAAGUGCAUCGAUGAGGAACUGAGAACUGAGUGGAGUAGUAAACUUGAUUAUGCAAGGGAGGAAUUUUGGAUGGAUUUCAAGCGUCAAAUGUAGUCACAGUUUGAAGAGAAAGGGGUAGAGAAUCCAAACAGUGGGGCCUGGGAAGUAAAAGGAUCAUCUGUUAAAUUUGUUUGGUGGCACAGAGAGGAGGGUAACACAUGCAGGCAUCAUAAUUAAAGGUGUGAACCUCUUUACAUAGAAGAUAACCAACCAUUUCAGUUAAAGCAACAUCAGUAGAUGUGACUGGCAGCUAACAGGUCUUUUUGCUGGAUGUUUACUGCAGGAUUGGGAUUUUACUUAGUUUAGACUGGAAGUUUCAGGAUCUUAAUCAGUUUAUUUCAAUGCUGUGUUUCUAGCUGGGUUGGAUGUUUUAGGUAACCUUUCAUUGAGCUUGUGGAGCUGAUGCAUUUUGAUUUGUUCAUGCUUGCUUCUGAAAGCAGAAAAGUAAUGAAGUUUAGGAUGAAAGAUGCUAGCUUAAUGUAUCUAUGUGCAUUCAGUUGCAUGCUUGUGGCCUAGGUUGGUAUGAACAGAUAAAUUAUGUUUAUAUGUGUGAAUGGAUCAAAGCAGUAUGGUGCCUAACUUCAUGUCCUUUUUUUGAUACUUCAAGUUCAUAAACUGAGCUUCUUUAUCAUGUCAUUCAAGACAUUUUCCUAUUUACCUGCUGGCAAGGACUUCUUACUCUGUAUAUUUUGAUAAUAUAUAUACUUUGUUUUACUGCCUUAUUAAGUUUAGUGUUAUGUAACGCUUGUUAAAGUGAAGGUUUUUCCAAUCAGGUGCAGUCUAGUCCUUGUAUCUGUUACAGCCUCGUCCUGUACUCUAUUGGAAAACAAGUUGCAGGUUCAUAGCACCAUUCGUACAUGUGAGAUGCACUAGAAUACUAAAUGAUUUUUGGUCAAAUUAUUAAAAGUAUAAUAGAUAUAUUUAGAUCCAUUUAUAACUAUUUUACUUGUAAUUUCCAGCCAUUUCUGUUAUGCAAGAAUAAUACUGCUCCUCUCUAGAAUUUUAUUAAGCAGUUCUAUUGUCAGCAAGAUUUGUCCCCUUGACACAAGCAGGUUGACACCUAUAAAGUGUAUUGACUAAGUAUAUGCAAAUUUGAUUAAAAAAUGCCAGGAUCAUAAUUGUGACUACAAAUGAUAAGCUCAUCGGCAAGAAACCUGUUAAUGCAUGAAAUCUGUAUCAGUAUUAUUCUCAGAAUGUGUGACUUGUAUCUUUGAGCACUUCCUGAACAUAAUAACAUAAGUCAUUGUCAUUGUAUAUACCGUACUGUGUACUGAUACAUGCUUCUUAAGACAGGUGCAUCGAAGUGAGCUUAAUUCAGUGAACUGUGUAUGCAAGGGGGGACUGUGUGAUGAUUUCCUUUUUCAAGGAUAUUAACUUGUAAAGUCGUGCAGGAUUUUUAAGAUAAAUAGAAUUUCCCUGUAUUUAAUUUCUUGCAAACACGUUUUAUUGGCAGAUUUGUUAAGCAAAAUUAUGGUACAUGUGUGUGUGUGUGAGAGAGAGCAUAUAUAUAAAUGGAUCUGUGCAUGUUGGUGUACAUGUAUUUACAUGUGCAAAUUUGUCAUUCUGCAUGUUGCAAAUGUGAAAUAAAAAAGUGCAUGCUGCUAAAUCCAUCA